CAGCGGAGCGCAUAAAAAGCCCGGCGCGAGCCUGAGUGUGGAAAUUUGAGCGUCGCGCGCCUUCGUGCCAAAAAGCUUCUUUCGAUCAGCACCAUGGAGAGCUCGAGUACCGCCGCGCGCGCUCUGCUGCUGCUGCUGCUGUUAGUGCUGCGGAGUUGUGCGCGAGCGGACAGCGAGGACACCGAAGUGGACCUGGACACAAGAGCCAUCCGAGACUUCUAUCCGAAAGACCCCAAUCUGACCAGCGAAAAACAGCUGCUUGGAGCUCUCCAUGAAGUUCUGGAAAAGCUUCAGAUGAAAAGAAUUCCGCCUUGGGAGAAGAAAUUUGGACAGGUUCCUAUGUGCGACGUGGGAGAGCAGUGCGCAAUCCGCAAAGGCUCAAGAAUCGGCAAAAUGUGCGACUGCCCGCGGGGAGCCUUCUGCAACUUUUUCCUUCUGAAAUGUCUGUGAGGAGGCAGACAGCAUUUUGGAGCGACUUAAUCGAUGUAUCGCAAAAGUAUUGAAUUCAUUUGUAUAGAUAUUUUUUUAAGUGCAAGAACACGCUGGAGAGAUGUGUGUGUGUAAAGUCCUGUUCAUCUGUUCAUGCACUGCACGCCUAUAAUAAUGUCAUGAUUAUGUAACAUGUCUAUGUUCUGUGUAUUAAAGUGCAACGUACCUUCUUUUGUAAA